AUGGAUACGAAGUGUCAUGCGGCAUAUGUGGACAUGAAGGAAGGAACCAACACUUCGCAGUCAGAAGUAUCCACCAAUGCAGAGGAGCUGGAACAACUCUGUGGCAAGCACGUCACAGCAGCUGAUAUUGAGCUUGAGAGGAUGAGGUGGGAUUUUGUGCUGGCUAAACUGAAAUAUGAACAUGAAGAUAAUGAAAAGCAAAGGCUUCAUGAAGAGAGAAUGGAGCAGAUUCAUCAACAGGCAGUAAAAAGAUCGUUUAGUCAAGGACUCCAAGACCUGCUCCGGCCCUCGAACCAGUAUGCCUUGUUCCUCUACUGCUUCAUCAUUAUUCAUGUUAUUUAUACACUGAAGGAGCUGGCCUUAUACUUCUUCCAAACCCAUUACCUGUUCUGUUUUGCUAUUGUGCUCUUUCACAUUCUCAAAAACAUUUUCCAGGAUUACAAAAAUAAGAAAAACUGUUCUUAA